AUGAUUCCUGUACAUGUGCUUACUGUUAGUGAAAUGAGUUUCACUAAUUAUCACUCUCUUUUACAGGAAAAAAAUCAAGACAUACUACAAAAUCAGACACUGACUCAAUCUGAAGUUGAUCAAUGUCAAGCCUAUUAUGAAGCCGUAGGAGGGCUAAAGAAAAGAAGAAUAUAUGGUCUUGGAUCUCAAGCACACUUAUAUUAUGGGCCGAAUCUUCAUCCUUCUUCUGAAUCUGAUGCUACAUCCUUAGUACCACCGCCAAAUUCUCAACUGGCAGCGACAGGAAAUUUAGAUGAGUUAGUGAUGCGAUUAAUUCCUGCACUGACUGAUAGCAUAAUUCCUGCACUGACUGAUAACAUGAUUCCGGCUCUGACUGGUCACUUGAUUCCUAUAAUUAUUGAGUGGGUACGUGGAUUGAUUCCUUCAGUCUUUUGUCAGACAGACACUCUUAACGACCAUCCAUCAUUUAUGGCACCUAUAGUUCCAGCCCCAUCUAUUGCCAACAUUGAUCAAGUUCAUGCAUCGGUUUUAGAUGAUGAUCGUGGCUCUCUAGUCUCUUAUUAG